AUGCCCCCAACCGCCCAAAUCCCCUCUACAAGCCCAAGCCCAACAAACUGGAAACUCACAACAACCCUCCUAGGCCCCGGAACCCUAUUUAUCUCACCUGCAACAAACCACAUAGCACGUGCCACGCAACAAGCAGCCAAAACCGCCGCCCGUGCAGCAGCUCCAAACCACAUCUGCGUCUCAGUGCGGUGUGUGGGCUGCGCCAUGGCGGCGGAGUCGGUGCGAGCGCGGCUGGCUGUUGAGCUGAGCGGACAUGGGAUUGUGCAGGCGUCGGCGGGGGAGUGUGUUUUCUUCCGGGUUGGUGAAAAAGAAGGCGCGGUGCAUUCUGAGCCGCGAUCGCAUGGGGAUCGCGUAUUUGUCAAUGUUGUUCCUGGUCAUGAGGCGGAUCUGAGAGCACUGAUGAUGAAGUGGGGAAUGGAGUACCCGCGGGCUUGGUGUGUUGGGUUGCCGAUGAUUAUUGGGGAGGGGGAGGAGUGUUUGAGGGAUGUUGGGGGGCAGAUUUGA